GCAAAUUUGGAAAACAAACCAGUAAAUGGACGCAGACCAGAACUCAUGGAAUGCAGUAUAUGUGGUCAUGGUGAAAAAUACAGGGUGAAAACAAACCAAACAGUCCCCAUUGAAAAUGUGCAGUCUAGGGAGAAAGAAAGAAUGACAGGCUUAGAAGCAGAGAAGUGGGCACAUAAUGAGAAGCCAUCUUUUGGUGUCCACGUCAAUGGAGAUAUCCAUGGAACUGUGACAGACAACGAACACUUGAAAAACCCUGAAGACAGUGAAAGAGCAGUCUCUCCCAGUCAGUUAGCUGAGCCAAAAAAAUCAUUUGCACAGACCAUCAAAAAUGGCAUAAAAACCCUACAUUAUUCACCACCAGAAGCAGUUGCUUCUCUGAAAAAAAUAUCCAUAGAGGAAAGGACAGAUUUGACAAGCAACUCCCAUAUGCAAUGGAUGAAGGGUACCAAUCUGAAUAACAUCGUAAACACUCUGACAACUGGUGUUGGCUGUGUUCACCCAGAAAAACAAGGAAAUGUUUUAGUGAAAGAGGAAAAAUGCACUUGCAGCAUCUUUGAAGAUUCUCAUAAGUCAGUUUUGCAGACGGGGUCCAUUUUGCAUCUGCAAGAAGGCUUGUGUUGUCCUCCGUUGCCUGAAGAGGAAGUGCAUGUAGGGAAGGAUGGCUUUAAAGUACCUAAAACAGAGACACAGCAUGAGGAUUCUUCACUACAGCCAACUUUCUUGUCCCUGAUUAAAAACAGAAAUUUAACUGUAGAGCAGGUUGUAGCUAUUGAAGCUUUAACACAGUUAUCUGAAGCCCCUUUAGAAACAACUUCACCAGCUAAAACUGGAAGUACUGAAUGUACAGAAGAAACAACUUCCACCUUGCUCCAUAGUUAUAAAAGGGAUAUCUCGUCCUCCUUCACAUCUUCUGCGUUAAAAGAAAUCAAAGACACUUACUUACAGAAUGAGCAACAGCUCUUGGCUCACUGCGCUCACUCGCAGAAGCAGCUCCCUAAUAAGGCAGUGUUAUACAAUGGCCAGGGUUCAAUUUCUGACUUGCGUGAUAAACCUGCCAAUCUGGCUGGCGAGAUGUAUAAAUUACAAUUAUCCUCAAGAGAUACCAAAACUUUAUCUGACUUAACAUCUAAUGCAAAGUCGUUUUCAGGAUAUACUACCAAGAAAAAUUACACUCAUGAUCCAGUCACCCUUGUACGGUAUUGCAGUGCUUCAUGUAAUGUCCAGCAAACAAGUAACAACUUGGAAACUCUUGGCCAGUUAGAGCAAAAGCCAGCCUGCAAUGAUUUGAACUUGGAAGCUAGUUCUUUGAUUAAAGAAGGAGGAAUUCACAGCCAGGAUGAAGAGGAUGUAGCUACACAACUAACUCAACUUGCAGCGCUAAUUGAAUCAAACCAGACAAAUCCAGAGCAGAAGAAUGACAUAAAGGCAUCGCUGCUUAAUCUAAUAUCACACGAAAGGCAGCCAAAAUAUAACCAAGAUGUGCUGCAGAAAAAAGAAUCUGUAUUUUUUAGGCAUAAUUAUAGUUCCUUACUGUUAAAGCAAAAACAACCAACAAAUAAAAAAGGAAAUGCUGUACCAUGGAAACCAAGACACAAAAAGAAGCCUCAAGAAGCAUGCUAUCAACAAAAUAAUCAAAGCCAGCUAGAGCUGUUGUCAUGCCAGCAUAGCGAGUUACAGGACAUUUGGAUAUCAUCAAAACUGCACAAGCUUGGUCAAACCAUGCCACAGGACUCCAGAAUAGCUCCUUCUGAAAAAAAAUCUCCAAGAACCAAAGUACAGAGAGCACUGAAUCAAAAUACUUUAGCAUCACAGGAAAAAACUAGAUUAUUUCUCCCGCAAACACAGAUAAAAUUCCAUAGAUGUUUACCUGAGGUACCACAAGAGAAAAAAAAAGACAGGUUGUUUGGCUGUGAAGUGGUAAAUGAGCAAAUCAGAACUGCUGGCUCUGGUGACCCCCUAGGCACUGAUCCACUGAAAAAUGAAGUUGCACGUAACCAAUAUAGCGACCUAUUCUCCCGUAAUCCUCUGGCUGCUUCACAGUCAAGAGCAGCAUCCUUAUUGAACAGACCAAGUGAAAACCUACAGAUGUUUACAGAAAAAUUUAAUUCUCAGGUACAGCAAACAGCGAAUGUCAGUCAGAUGCAUCCUUUGCCUCAAACUUUUAAUCAGCCUAACCUGAGAGCUAACGAAAUGCAUAGUGAAGACAAAGCCUAUACUCAGCAGGGUGCUGUCGAACAACAAGUAGAUCCCAAGUCGCAGGUGCUGCCUGUUCCCUCUGGUGGAGCCCAGGUACCCGGUGCUGUUGAAGCUCUCAGGAAUAUGGAGUGUGCCGGCAAAGUGACUGUUCUGACGUCAACCAGUUUGGGUACUGACCACCCACAGAGCACAGGUGACUCAGGGUGUUCUCCAGCAAAAAACACACUCAGCAGUUUCCUUGAAUCACCUAUGAAGUUUCUUGAUACCCCUACAAAAAAUUUAAUAGAUACACCUACAAAAAAAGGACAAUCUGAAUUGCCAACUUGUGACUGUGUUGAGCAAAUUAUAGAGAAAGAUGAAGGCCCAUAUUACACACACCUCGGGACAGGACCAAGUGUUGCUGCUGUGAGAGAAAUAAUGGAGAACAGGUAUGGAGCAAAAGGAAGCGCUGUAAGAAUAGAGGUAGUGGUUUAUACAGGAAAGGAAGGAAAAAGCUCUCAGGGGUGUCCAAUUGCCAAGUGGGUGAUACGAAGAAGUAGCGAUGAGGAAAAGCUGCUGUGCUUGGUACGUCAGCGCGCAGGACACCACUGUCAAACUGCCGUCAUAGUGAUUCUCAUCCUGGCCUGGGAAGGGAUCCCCCACCUCCUGGCUGAUACGCUGUACAAAGAGCUGACGCAGAGCCUCAGAAAAUACGGCUGUCCCACCAGCCGCAGAUGUGCGUUAAAUGAAGAUCGUACUUGUGCAUGUCAAGGACUUGAUCCAGAAACUUGUGGAGCAUCAUUCUCAUUUGGCUGUUCAUGGAGUAUGUAUUUCAAUGGCUGUAAGUUUGCCAGAAGCAAAAACCCGAGGAAAUUCAGGCUUCUCACUGAUGACCCUAAACAAGAGGAACUUCUUGAAAAUAAUUUGCAAACUUUGGCUACUGAUGUGGCUCCGGUUUAUAAAAAGCUUGCUCCUGAAGCUUUCCAGAACCAGGUGGAGAAUGAGCACAUGGGCCCAGACUGUCGUCUUGGAUCCACGGACGGUAGGCCUUUCUCUGGUGUCACAGCUUGCAUAGAUUUCUGUGCCCAUGCCCACAAGGACACGCAUAACAUGCACAACGGCAGCACUGUGGUAUGUACGCUUACAGAACAGAUCAAGAAAGGCAUGGGAGUCAUCCUUCAUACAAAAUACCUUAAUUCUCUUUUAAGACACCCAGGCCCUUUGGAGAGGACUGGCCAUUGGACAGAUAAGCUACUCACAAUAGAGAUUUGA